ACGUGGUCACCAGUGCAGCGCUCCGAAACUUUGUUUUUCGUGAGCAAGAGUGACCCUCUUGUGUUUUAAUCUUGACAGAAAAUACCUUGAAAACAUCUGUAUAAAAGCUAUGGCAAUGUUCACUAUCUAUCACAUGUGGUAGUUGUGCGAACACGGAGUAUCAUGUGUGUUCUGUUAAAGUUCUGAUUAAACUGGCUCUGAUUACUGGCGUAAUAAAAUCAGAGUGUAGUGAGAUUUAAGUACUUUAUGUUCUUUGUGUUGAUCACUUGGAGAUAACCAUGGACAUCGGCACAAAAACGCGGUGGUUGCUGGCGACCACUUCGCUGCUCUUCGUCGCAGUCAGUCCGUCUGUGGUCAUCACUGCCACUGCACCCAAGCUGGCGACGUCUGACUUCUGCUCGCCGCUGAUCAUCGGCCACCGCGGCGCCGCCGGCUACGUACCAGAACACACCCUGGGCUCGUACGCGCUGGCAGUGACCCUCGGCGCGGACUACGUGGAGCCGGACCUCGUCAUCACCCGCGACCACCAGCUCAUCGCGCGCCACGAGAACGACAUCUCCGCCACCACCGACGUGGCCGAGCGCGCCGAGUUCGCGCCGCGCCGCACCACCAAGACCAUCGACGGCAAGCAGGUCACGGGCUGGUUCACCGAGGACUUCACCCUCGACGAGAUCAAGAGCCUGCGCGCGAGGGAGCGCAUCCCCGAGACCCGCCCCGGCAACGCGCGCCUGGACGGGGCCUUCCAGGUGCCCACGCUGCAGGAGAUCAUCGACCUCGUGAAGAGCCUGCAAGUGAGCCAGCGCAGAGUCAUCGGGGUGUACCCGGAGAUCAAGCACAGCACGUACUUCAAGCGCCUGGGGCUGCCCAUGGAGCAGCUCGUGGCGGACGCGCUGCACAAGAACGGCUACGUCGGCCCCGAGGCGGCGGUCUUCAUACAGUCCUUCGAGAUAGACAACUUGAAGGAGCUGAGGAACAUGACGGAGCUGCGCCUGCUGCAGCUGUUGGACAGCCCAGAGAUGCGACCGGCCGACCAGGACCAGGAGAUUGGAAUCACAUACGCGGAGAUGGCGACACGUGAAGGUCUGCAGGCGGUGGGGCAGUAUGCCUCUGCCGUGGGGCCGGACAAGAGCUACAUAAUCCCUCGGGACGGGGAGGGGCGGCUGCUGUCUCCGACCAGCUUCGUGCGAGACGCCCACGACGCGGGGCUCAAGGUGCACCCCUACACCUUCCGGCGGGAGAACGUGUUCCUUCCAUUGGAGUUCCGCAGCAAAGACGCCAGCGCGGCCGCGAUAGGUGACAUGGCCGGGGAAAUAAAAGCGUUCUUGGAGACGGGCAUCGACGGACUGUUCACAGACCAGGCCGAUGUGGCUGUGCGGUUGCGUGGACCAUGCCUUUAGAUCUAUGUUCACAUGUAGGUAGGUAGGUGUAGGUACUGUUGUUGUAAGUAUAAUUUAUGUAAAAAUUAAUAUAAGUACUUCAUUAUUAAAUCAUCAGUCUCAUUAUUUUU